AUGGCUUGGGCCCUCUUAGCAGACUGGCUAGGGACGGGAUACGUGGGGCAUUGGCGAAGUUGGCUACCUGACCUGCAACUUCGGUCGGGGAAGUCCCAUACCUGGCGGCUGGCUUCCCGCUCCCCUCGCGCGAGGCAGCGCACCCUGGAGAUGUACAUAGUUGAUAUUCCGGAGUUCUCAGCGCAGCUGGCGAUCACGCCGUGUCCGGGCAAGCGAGAUCGUGAUCUAGGAGUCGACCUGGAUACUAUAAAAUCCUGGGGCGCGCAAGCAGUCAUCACCUUAGUGCAGGACGACGAACUGCGCAUGCUGGGUGUGGAGAACAUGGAGAAAUGCGUGGAGAGCCGCAAGAUGACGUGGUUUCAUUGCCCGGUUCCGGACUUCAGUGCUCCAGGAAUGUUCUUUGAAGGUUGUUGGGUCCAGCGAGGCGAUGGCGCGCAAGUGCGACAGAUUCUGCGCAAAGGUGGCAAGGUGGUCGUGCACUGCCGAGGAGGAAUUGGUCGAGCAGGCACCAUUGCUUCGCGUCUGCUCAUCGAGCUUGGCGUCGCCGACCCGAAGGAAGCCUUGCGACGAGUGCGCAGGGCGCGCCCGGGUGCCGUGGAGACCUGGGACCAGGAAAACCAUGUACUGAAAGUCACAGCUGUGGACGAAUAG